AAAAAAAAAAAUUUUUUACGAUUAUAAAUGAGAAUUUCUAAUAAGCACAGUACAUUGUUUGACUUUAACAAACAUAAACUCAAAUAAUAUUAUUUAAUCCGUGUAACAAGAUAGACAAUCAUUUGUCGGGGAACGAUAAGAUUAAUGAUAAGAUAAUUUUGCAUGAAUUGCAUUUAUAAAUUUACUGGUAAUAUUUCAUGUAUUUUCGUUAAAAACAAUGGCUGAACAAACGGAAGUUUUAGAGCAAAUCGAUCCUCGCGAUAUUGGAACUCCUGAUAAUUGGAUUCCAAGACAUCCAGAACUUAUACGGUUGACAGGAAAACAUCCUUUUAACUGUGAAGCCCCUUUACCACUAUUAUUGAAGCAAGGUUUUAUAACUCCAACUUCUCUACAUUAUGUUAGAAAUCAUGGACCUGUACCGAAGCUUAGUUGGGAUACUCAUAAAGUGGUUAUUGAUGGAGAUGUAUCGAACCCACUUACUUUAUCAAUGGAUGAUAUUGCAAAACUUCCGUAUAUUGAAUUUCCUUUAACAUUUUGUUGCGCAGGAAAUCGUCGUAAAGAACAAAAUAUGGUUAAAAAAACGAUUGGAUUUAAUUGGGGCGCAGCAGCUGUAAGUACUGCAAUAUGGAAAGGUGUGCCAUUGCGUUAUAUUUUACAACUGGCGGGAGUAAAAAAUGAUGAUAAUUAUGAAAAAACUCGUUACGUUUGUUUUGGAGGAACUGAUAAACUCCCAAAUGGAUAUUAUGGAACAAGUAUAACUUUAAAAUGGGCAAUGGAUGAAGAAAAGGAUGUUAUGUUAGCAUAUGAAAUAAAUGGUAAAAGGUUAACUCCAGAUCAUGGAUAUCCAAUUCGUAUGAUAAUUCCUGGAAUUAUCGGAGGUCGUAUGGUUAAAUGGCUUGAUAAGAUAUCAGUAACUAAUAAAGAGUCUGAUAGUUGGUAUCACUUUCAUGAUAAUCGUGUAUUACCACCAAAUGUAGAUGCUGAACGUGCAAAUAAAGAAAAUUGGUGGUAUAUACCUAAUUAUAUUAUAUAUGAUUUAAACGUUAAUUCUGCUAUUGCAGCUCCCGCACAUGAUGAAGUUAUUCCAUUUUCGAGCUUUUCAAGUGAUUCUGAAUAUACUCUUAGAGGUUACGCUUAUAGUGGUGGAGGUCGUAAAAUUACACGUGUUGAAGUAACUUUAGAUGAUGGUAAAACUUGGUUGCUUUCAGAUUUAUUUGAUCUUGAAGAAAGAAACGGUAGAACUUGGUGUUGGACCUUUUGGUCAUUAAAGAUUCCUACACAUAGUUUUGUACGUAGUUCAGAAAUUAGGGUUAGAGCAUGGGACUGUUCUCAAAAUACACAACCAGAAAAUUUAACUUGGAAUUUAAUGGGAAUGAUGAAUAAUUGUCAUUAUAGAGUAAAAAUUCAUGUUAUUACUUAUGGAAAAGAUGUUGUUUUGCGGUUUGAACAUCCAACUCAAGCUGGUAAUAAUCCUGGUGGUUGGAUGGUUAGACAACAUGAACUAGAACAAAAACAGUCUGCUCCUGCGAAUGCUCCUGCGAAUGCUUCUAAAAGUGAAUCUUCAUCUAAAGAUCCAAAGUAUACGAUGGAACAAGUUAAACAACAUAAUAAUGAAAAAGAUUGUUGGAUUAUUAUUGAUAAAAAAGUUUAUGAUUGUACGAAAUUUAUUCCAAUUCAUCCUGGUGGUACCACCGCUAUUCUUAUUAAUGCCGGUACUGAUUGUUCUGAAGAAUUUAACGCAAUUCAUUCUGAUAAAGCCAAAAAGAGGUUGGCAACUUUCUAUAUUGGUGAUUUAGAUGAUUCAAAACGGCCAAAACUUUAAUUAUUAUAACAUUAAUAAAUUAUUUGUUCAAUUCAUUCACUAAACUUCAAAUUCUAAAUAUAAAAAUAUAGUAAGCAAUAAGAUUUCUAUGCUUUAUGAUUCAUUUAUGUCAUUUCCAAUUUCUUUUCCCGAAGUUUUUGAAUUUUUUCAUUAUUUAAAAUAUGUAUUUGAUUAUUCAUUCUCAGUAUGCCUAGCACUCUUACUACAAUCCACGUUAUUAUUAAGUCUUUUGAACGUGUUAGUCGGUUUCAAUUUUCUCAUUUUAUAUGUACAGUACAGUGUAUAUUGGCUCAUCAGUUUCUUAAUAAAUAUGUGAUUACCUGAACAAUAUGAUCGCGUGUUUCUGUCGA